AUGCCAUAUGCGGGUAUCAGCGGAACGACGCUGACCCUCGCCGGCGGCAAGUUUGACACGGUGGACCCGGUCACAGUGACGGUGUGUGACCAGGCCUGCCAGGUCACCACCGUCACCAGCACGGAGAUCACGUGUCUCGCGCCUGCUGUUCAAGCGGCCCCGGCGGCGGCCUGUGACGUCACUGUGACGCUGUCUGGCGGCCAAUCGGCGGUGGCGGAGGCCGCUCUGACGUACGACGGCGCACUGACGGCGUCAUUGACCAGCGUCACGCCCAGCCGGGGCGGCACGGCCGGCGGCACCAGCAUCACCGUCACAGGCACCGGCCUGGCCGCCUCCGGCAACCUGGUGACGAUCGACGGCGUCCCGUGCGCGGUGACCAGCGAGAGCGCCACGCAGGUGGUCUGCGUCACCGACGCUCACAGCGGGCCCGGGAGGUUCGCCGUCGCCGUUGACGUGCCUGGCGUCGGCUUCGCCGCGGCCGGCGAGGAGGCCGUGUUCCAGUACGUGGACCGCUGGUCGUCGCCGUUCACCUGGGGCGACAGUGACCCGCCGUCCGACGGCCAGUCGGUCAGCAUCACGGCCGGCCAGACCAUCCUGCUCGACACCAGCACGCCCGUGCUCAAGCUGAUCCUGAUCGACGGCGGGGAGCUCAUCUUCGACCCGGAGGCGGCAUUCCUCGAACUGCACGCCGAGUACAUCGUGGUGCUGGGCGGCGGCCGGGUGCAGAUCGGCACCGAGCAGGCGCCGCACGCCGGCCAGGCCGCCAUCACGCUGCACGGCAACGUGCGCGCCACCGAGCUGCCCGUCUACGGUGCCAAGGUGCUGGCCGUGCGGAACGGCACGUUGGACCUCCACGGUCUGCCCGUGGCCGUUCCCUGGACGUACCUGGCGAGCACGGCGGCGGCGGGCGCCAGCAGCCUGACCCUGGACCGCGCCGUCAGCUGGCAGGUCGGCGAUGAGAUCGUGAUCGCCUCCACCGGCGGCAAGCACUCGAUGAACGAGUCGGAGAAGCACGUGAUCUCGGCCGUGUCGGAGGACGGCCUGACUUUGACUUUGGAGAGCCCGCUGGCGUUCGAGCACAUCAGCUCGGAGCAGACGUUCGCCGGCCAGACAGUGCGCAUGCGCGCAGAGGUGGGCCUGCUGACCCGCAAUGUCAAGGUGCGCGGUUCCAUCAACCAGGAGUUCACCGAGGAAGUGAAGGCCUGUGCGGCCGGCUUUAACCCAGGUCAGUUUGACACGCAGACCUGCUUCCGCGGCCGGUACGGCGCCGAGACGUCGACGGACCAGUUCGGCGCCACCAUCAUGAUCCACGCCAAGUACCAGAACGAGCACCUGGUCACCGGCAGGCUGGAGUAUGUGGAGGUCACCGAGGCGGGACAGGCGUUCCGUCUGGGACGGUACCCGAUCCACUUCCACCUGAACGGCAACGUUACCGGCUCGUACGUGCGAGGCUGCGCCAUCCACCGCACGUACAACCGGGCCGUGACUAUCCACGCCGUCGACUACUUGCUGGUCGAACACAACGUGGCGUACAACAACAUGGGGCAUGCCUUCUUUACGGAGGACGGCAUUGAGGCGUACAACACGAUCCAGUAUAAUCUGGCGAUCUUCACCAGAACUUCAUCGUCCCUCCUGAACGUCGACGUUACGCCGGCCUCGUUCUGGGUUGUCAAUCCGACCAACAUCGUGAG